CACUAGAAUCAUCAUGGAUUCACUUGGUGCAGCAACCAUUCAGUUUGCCAUUGAUCUUUUCAAAGAGCUGAAUAUAACAAAGGAUGGCAACAUCUUCUUUUCCCCUGCGAGCAUCUCAGCUGCCAUCGGCAUGCUCCUCCUAGGGGCCCGAGGAGCCACCGCCACCCAGCUACAGAAGGUGCUUUGCUCUGAAAAAGACAUAGAAAGCUCAAGAAUCAAAGCUGAAGAAAAAGAGAUUGAGAAGAGAGAAGAGAUUCAUCACCAAUUCCAAAAGUUUUUGACUGAGACAAGCAAACCCACUAAUGAUUAUGAACUGAAAAUAGCCAACAGGCUAUUUGGAGAAAAGACCUACCUCUUCCUUCAGAAAUACUUAGAUUAUGUUGAGAAAUAUUACCACGCUGCUCUGGAACCCACUGAUUUUGUAAAUGCAGCAGAUGAAAGUCGAAAGAAGAUUAAUUCCUGGGUUGAAAGCCAAACAAAUGAAAAAAUCAAGGACCUGUUUCCGGAUGGCUCUAUAAGCAGCUCCACUAAGUUGGUGCUGCUGAACGUAGUUUGUUUUAAAGGGCAAUGGGACACGGAGUUUAAGAAAGAAAAUACCAAGGAGGAGGAAUUUUGGCUGAAUAAGAGUACAAGUAAAUCUGUGCUGAUGAUGACACAGCGCCAUUCCUUCAGUUUCACUCUCUUGGAGGACUUGCAGGCCAAAAUUCUGGGGAUUCCAUAUAAAAACAAUGACCUAAGCAUGUUCGUGUUGCUGCCCAAUGACAUAGAUGGUCUGGAGAAGAUUUUGGAUAAAGUAACUCCUGAGAAAUUGGUAGAGUGGACUAGCCCAGGGCAUAUGGAAGAAAGGAAUGUGAAUUUACACUUGCCCCGGUUUGAAGUGGAGGAUAGUUAUGAUCUGGAGGCCGUCCUGGCAGCCCUGGGGAUGGCGGACGCCUUCAGUGAGCACACAGCUGACUUCUCGGGGAUGUCCUCACGUUCAGGGUUGCAUGUCCAGAAGUUCUUGCACAGGUCCUUUGUGGUGGUAACCGAGGAAGGUGUCGAGGCUGCAGCUGCCACCGGCGUGGGCUUUGCUGUCACAUCGGCGCCAGAUUAUGAAAAUUUUCACUGCAACCAUCCUUUCCUGUUCUUCAUCAGGCACAAUGAGUCCAAUAGUAUCCUCUUCUUUGGAAAAUUUUCUUCUCCUUAGGACAGUCAAUGCCUUGGCAGAAAACUGGUGUUGGAGUAUCAAUACCACUAUGGAAAUAGCCCAUUCUUUUAAAAUUUGUUUUACUUGUUUGCACACCGUCUUACCAUCAAAACUGAUGUGACUGUAGUAGGGUGUGUGCGUGUUUUAAAUUUUCCUUAAAAGUGAAAUGUCCUUUUGUUUGUGCCAUGCACAAAGUGUGUUAAAUCAAAGUUCAUUAAUAAUCUCCUGUUGAUUUCUUCUGAAAGUAAAUCAAUGUCCUGUAGUGUUGUGCACUAAUGGAGAGAAACAUCUCUUCAGUAGACUGUGGACUAGUGAUUUGGGGAGUCCCUCUGGUUCUAAGAUUUUGGCGUGUUAUAAUAUGCAAAUAAAAUAAAA